AUGCCCGCGAUGGCCACCACCUUCCUGGACAACCCGCUGCUCAAAGUUAGCCGGCCCGUCGCCGCCUGCUCGCGCUGUCGCACCGCCAAAAUCAAAUGCGACGGCAAGCUCCCCGCCUGUUCGGCCUGUGAGAAGGUCGGCAAGGCCAGCUCCUGCUCUGGAGCUAGCGACGAAUUCGCCAAGGGCAAGGAGCGAAGCUACGUCGCGUCUCUCGAGGGAUACUGUGAGAAACUCGAAAAGAAAAUCGCCCUGUUGCGGAAUCGCCAGAACUCUCUCCCCCUCGAAGGCAAUGGCGUGGUGCGGGAGAUGUCCAUCACCUCCAACUCCUCCGAUGGACCGGUCGGCUCAGCCCAUCGUCGUGAGGUCUCCGAUAUCGAUGAUCUCGUCGGUGACUUUGGGUUCCUAUCGGUCAAUGCGACCUCACGCGACUUCCAAGGCAUCACCUCCAAGACCACCUUUGCGAAUCUGCUCCUUUCCGUCGCCACGGUGGGAUAUCCACCACCCCGCACUCCCAACCCGCUACCCGCGCGACACGAGGCGACUCCUCUAUUACAAUAUUAUUUUGAUAAUGUCUUUGUUCAAUUACCGUUCUUCGUGGAAACCAGCUUCUGGACCUCGGUAGAUGCGGUCUAUCAAUCUGGUGGUCGCUUUGCGAAACCCUUUGACCAUUGGACGGUCAGGAUGGUUCUCGCUAUUGCCUCGGCAUCGAUUUCAUAUCAGAACAACGAUAAAAGUCACCAGCGAGCCUUGGCUUUGGUAUCGGAGGCGUUGAUAUAUGCAGAGGAAGUCUUCCGUCCCGGCUCCAUCACGUGCAUCCAAUCAAUUCUGCUCCUGGCCCAAUAUGCGCUCGCAGAUCCAGGCCGCUUCCGAAGUUGGUACCUGGUAGGAAUGGCAGUGAGAGUCGCCGUCGACCUAGGUCUACAUCAAGAUCCUCCCGCAGAAGUGUUGUUGAAUCCAGACAGACUUGAUAUUCGACGACGGGUAUUCCACUGCCUGUACUGUCUAGAUCGAGGAAUGAGUACUGCACUUCAGCACACCUUUUCAUUCUCCGAUGCAUCGGUGAACGUCGCUCUGCCGGAGACCGACACAUCGGCCUCGGCUACAGAGCAAACAGCCGUCUUCUUACGAAGCCCCGCCCCAGCCCUACAUAUUGUCAAGAUCCGAAAGAUCCUAUCAGCCGGAUAUCAAGAAAUGUACUACAGCACACGGGAACCAUCCCCUCAACCCAUCAUCCAAACAUGGACCCUCUGCUCCCAAGCACGCCAAUGGUUCAACGACUGUCCCAAAAACGCCCCCAACCACUUCUCCCUCCUCUACCGCCUCGAACUCCUCUACACAAACAUCAUCCUCCUCUCCCCCUCAAACCGAUACCCCCUCCUCUGCGACUACAACAAAGCCCUCCUCUUCGACCGCUGCAUGGACUUUAUCAGCCAAAUCCACCAAGUGCUAGAAAACCCCAGCAUCCUCCCCUUCCUCUCCUUCCUAGACAUCACCCGCGUCCAACAAGUCGGCCACCUCUUCGUCCAACUCCUCAUCGAAGACUUUGACUUCCUCCUCAGCCCCGCCGUACCCAACCCACCCCCCGUCCCAGCCGGAACACCUGACCCGCCCAUCCUCGCCGAGGAAGAUAGAAUCAACUGUCGACCCCGUGCGCUGCGCUGUCUCACGUACGUGCGUGAUUUGCUGCAGUACUCAGCCAGGAAGUGGGAUCUUCGCCGGCCGCUGGAUGAGUUUGAGAGGGAGUCUGCGCCGUUGGGGAAGAUGCUUCGCGAGGGGCGGGCGAGUUAUGGGAUUAAUCAGAGUCGGGCGUACUCACAACAGGCACCGCUGGCGGGCAAUGGGUAUUCGGGAUAUCAUUUGGGAUAA